AUGCCUCGCGAGAAGGUCAAGAGAGGCCGCCGAGCCGCCGAUAAGGCCAGCAAGCGCAAGCGCGACGAUGCCCCCGAAGACGAUGUGCCCAAGCGAUUGAAGCCUUCGACCGACGAGACCAACGACAUCGUUGAGGGAGCGGACUAUAUCCCCAUGGAUGGUGAUGUUGGACAGGAGGACCAAGAGGGUGCACCGGUCGGCGACAUGCCCUUCUACGGUCUUCUCGACCCCGAGGAGCAGGAAUAUUUCUCCCGUGCGAACGAGGUGUUGGAAACGAAUCAGUUCGGCGAUGCGGAGGAGCGGAGGGUCUUCGUCGAUAGUGUCUAUAAGGAAGCUGAGGGGAAGGAAUUGAAGAUCGCGUGCAGUCAGUCGUGUUCCCGCCUGAUGGAGAAGUUGAUCUCCAUGUCCGACAUGCGCCAGAUUCGGAGACUGUUCAGCAAGUUCAUCGGCCAUUUUCUGCACUUGGUUCAGCAUCGGUUUGCGAGUCAUUGUUGUGAGACUUUGUUUAUUCAUGCGGCGCCUGGAGUCACGCAGAAGGUGUCGAAGUCGAAGAGGAAUCAUGAGGAGGAUGAGGAGGGCGAUGAGCCGGAGCCUGACUUGUCGCUGGCGGAGAUGUUCAUGAAGGUCAUUGAGGAACUGGAAGGAAAUUGGGGAUACUUGUUGACGGAGCGGUUUGCGUCGCAUACCAUUCGGGUUCUUCUGCUCGUUUUGGCGGGAGAGCCGGUCGAUUUGUCCUUGAGUGAUUCGAUCGUCGCGAGUCGAAAGAAGGAGAGACAUGGUGUACUCAGCACCGAUGCGCAAGAGGAGAAUCCGGUCGCGCAGAAGCGGAGCGUACCGGAGUCGUUCGAGGGUACAUUGAAGAAGGUCAUGCAGGAUAUGGUGUCUGUCCUUGAUGAUACGUAUCUCCGGGCACUUGCUACACACCCGGUCGGAAACCCGGUUCUUCAAGUGCUGGUGUACUUGGAGCUCUCGCAUUUCGGCAAGUCGAGUGCUAAGGAUGCUAAGUCGAUUAUCAGGAGACUGAUCCCAGACGAUGAGUUUGCAGAGGGCACAGAAAGCACCGUCUUCGUUCGCGGACUACUCUACGAUCCGGUGGGGUCUCGUCUGCUCGAGACGAUUGUGCGCUGCAUGCCAGGAAAGCUGUUCAAGGGACUUUACAAGAACUUCAUGCGCGAUCAACUACGCUCGCUUGCGCGCAACAUCACCGCCGGAUACGUCGUUCUCCGGGUGCUUGAGAGACUCGGAAAAGACGACCUCCAGAACGCGGUGGAACUUCUUGUCCCUCAAAUCCCCAACCUUGUUGAGCGGUCCCGAGUGAUUGUUCCCAAGACGCUGAUUGAGCGAUGCAUCGUGCGUGGCGUCGACACUGCCCCUAUUGCCCGCGUCCUCGAAACGGCCUACGACAGCGACCCGGCCAAGCGACUGAACCAGAUGCUCGGGCUUGAUGGUGCGCAAGAGGACGCAGAAGGGCAAGAACACAAGCCUAGUGAACUCGGACCCGACGCCAACCAAAAAGGCGCCAAACUACACAACUCUCUCUUCCUUCAGACCAUGCUGACUGCUCCGGGUCCAUUAAGCGGCUUGGUCUAUUCCAGUCUGCUGGCACAGUCGCCCGAAUCGCUCGUCACGCUCGCCAAAGAUUCGACCACAUCGCACGUCAUUCAAAAAGCCAUCGCCCUCCCCACUUCCACCUCUCAGUUCCGCCGUCAAUUCGCAGUUCGAUUCACAGGCCACCUCGAAGAGCUUGCGUUAGACAGCAGUGGAUCCCGCGUAGUCGACGCCCUCUGGCCCGCCACCAAGGACCUCUUUUUCGUCAAAGAGCGCAUGGCCCAAGAACUCACACAGCACGAAAUGGCCCUGCGAGAUUCCUUCGUCGGUCGCGCCGUCUGGCGAAACUGGGCGCUGGAUCUUUACAAGCGCCGUCGGGGCGAGUGGGCCGCCAAAGCCAAGGGACUCGACACCGGGGAAAAGCCCAAGUCACGUCUCGAACUGGCCCGGGAGAAAUUCGCUGCCAAGGCGGCGGAGAGCGCGAAGAAUGCGGAUAAUGCCUGA